CGCUCAGGGAGCUGACAGAACUUUUACCGACGGCUUCUCGUAAACAAUUAAACACCGUGAAGAGUUCAUCUCGCUUCCCCCCUCUCCCUGAACGACUGCUUCCUCCGACAACGUUAUCCCUUUUCGGGUCAUCUCGGAAUCUCAUUUACCUUUACCCUCUUACUCACCUCCAAAUGGGAGUGUUUGCCGUCUGGACGGAUCCUCCCGACAAUCUCUUCCUACCAAUCCCGACAAAGGAAUUCGGACCGGGUGGUACACAACAGUCUAAUGUAGAACGCGACGUUCACACCGCCGUUCAUCUCUCUUCUUUGAUGGGACGAGUUGGAGGGUUCGCUGGGAAGAUCGUUUGUGCCGACUGCCGCACUUGCAAAGAAGCCGGUUCAUCCCGACUCGUCGCACCUACCUUAACUCAUCAGCUUUCUAAAACGGGAAAUAAUCACGUUCAGGACGAACCGAAAGUUGGUUUAUGCUCAGAAGAGGGUCGGGCCGGGUAA